CUAACUCUGUAACGUAAUUCAACAGAGAAGCUGCUUACGAAUCACGGAUUGCUGUGCCGCUGGCCAGCUGUUAUAACGUCAUGAGUCCUCCCAAGUUUCGUCGGCACCGCCUCUCCGCUCCACCGAAACUUCAAGACUCACCUGUCAGGCUUGAGUCGGACGCGUAGGGAAGGGAGAUAUCGUGGCUCGUCUGAAGAAAAGCUUUCCCAGAAGCUGUCUUGAGUAACGAUGUGAAGUCGCUGACUGGUGUUAUUGAGGAACUGUUAAUAUAUUUUGAGAACCCCAGCUGGGACGUGAAUGUCACUGCGGUCAGCUUGUUUUUAUUACCAUUAAAAGUUGAGGUGCAUAGGCACUUCCGGGUUAGAAAAGAAUCUUUCCCAGGAUCACCAUGGAUGAUAUUCCGAUGGAUAUAUUGAAAUCCUCAGAUGAAUUCGGUGGAGCACCGGCUUCACAUGCUCAUGGGGGGACAUGUGGUGAUGCCAGCACGAAUUUAAGUCCAACUGAACAUGAGAGUCUUCUGCCACAGGGAAAUGGUACUAAUGGAGUGCAGACAUCUCCACGUGAUGUAGAGUCUCAAAAAUCUGGAAAGGACCGCACUAUGCACCGGAUAAAGGAAGAGCUGAAUGAGAAAGUCUUCUGGGAAAUUAGACUAUGGAUGGUCAUAAUAUUCAUCGUCAUUGUCAUCAUUGCAGUGAUUUUCAUUUCACUGGCUAUAUGUGCAGCGAUCCAUCAGGAUGAGGAUGACAUAUUUGACCGUUCAUCAUUUACAGUCAUUCAGAAUUUCCGUGGGAGCUUCCAGAUGCCAAACCAGGUCUUCACAGAGGAACUUAACGCCAAUUCCUCUGAUAAAAGCCAAACACUGGCUACAGAACUAGAAACAAAGCUCUCUGACCUCUACAAAACCUCAGCUGCACUGGGGCGAUACUUCUUCAACACAGAGAUACGCGCUUUCAGGAACGGUUCAGUCAUUGCUGAGUACAAGCUGACAUUUCAGAUGCCUGAAGAGGAGAAGGAUCAGCUGAGGAAUUUUACUCUGAGCAGGGUGAUGGUGUACAACGUGUUCAGACAGUUUCUUUAUGACCAGGAACUACCUGAAUCGGACCCAAUGUUCAUUGAUCCAGCUUCCCUAGAAAUGGUUUUAGGAAACUGAGGACAAGAAGUUUAAAACGAGACCAGAAAACCAGUUCUUGGUUUCUUUUUAGUUUUUAUGAGCCACUAAACCUCCAUGAUGUCACGUCGAUGUCAUUGUUUUCUCACGAGUCUGCAUAUGAGAUGUCUCUACCACAGGAGGCUACAUGACCAUAGUUGCGCCACCCCGCAAAUAAUGGUAGUCAUGUGUGUGUUUGUGUGCAGGAUAUUUUUGGGGGGUUAAAACAUAACCUCUACUCAAACUCACAAAAAAUGGAAAACAAACACAAAACAUGUUUUUAUUGAAAGAAAUGCAUUAAGAUAUUGUACUUAAGAUUUCACUGUGUUUUACUGUUCAUAGUUUACUGCAUUUACAUGUCAGUUUUUUAAGUUCCUCGACACUCACUGUGAUAUUUGUACAUAAAGAAAACUGGUGUAUAUUUUUAAUGGAAAAUGGAAAUUAUUUGUGCCAUUGUAUUCUUUGCAUACUUCACUUACAAAGCCCUAGAACACGAUUCAAUCAACAGUUGAAAAGGAAAUGAACAGGAAAAUGAGUCAUUUACGUAUUAUUACAUAAAGGCUGUGCAUCCCUUAUAAACUGUGCACUCUAUACACAAAUUGUUUUGUGUACUAUAGCACAAGGACAGAUCGGACCGUGUUUUCCCCUUCACUGUUUGUUUUGGUAGUUGAACACUAGGGGGAGCAUUUUCCACAGGACAUUUGGUUUCUCUUUUGAUUCCUCUCUCUGGUUAAGAACAGGAAUUUAUAUUGUACAUAUUUAGAGCAGGGAGCAGGUUAUUGCAACGUUUUUGGCAACAGUUUAUGUUGUAUGUUUUUAAUUUAUUUUUUGGCUACUGUGUCAGUGAUUAUGUCUGCAUGUCUAAGAUGACAGCUGUAAUAAAUGUUUGUAUUUUCACGGAUAGUUGCUCCAAACCAGACGUUCAGUUCUCUUCACUUUGACUUGCUGAAUUUCCAAGAAUGUGUUUCCCAAAUAAAGAUAUUACAGUCAUUCCUUUAAAA